AUGGGCGAAUCUCCUCAUUCAAUUCCAACAUUCAAUUCAUUGAGCACAUCUUCAACAUCUUCAAAUUCAUCGCUUUUGAAUCAAGCUCCUAUAAGCACAAGCCUACCGUCUUUCUCUUCUUCGGUCUCUACUUAUGUAGGUCCAGUUGCUCAAUCAAAUGGAUCCACUUCAAAUGCUCAAACAUCAAUGGAAGGCAAUGGAACCUUUCCAUUAUCUCCAUCAUCCCAACAACGUCAGAUGACCCAAGCUUCGCAAAUUUUCUCUCCUCAUCGUACUCCUCUUUCGUUAUCAGGACGAAGUGUACUUGCCUCUCCAAACCCUUCUGUUGCUUCUAUCAUGAAUACUGCUCCUCCGACUUCAUUAAUACCGCCAAUUCCACACAUGGAACGAUCAAACUCCACUUCUACUCUCUACUCUACCUCAUCUGGACCCCUGCAUGAGAAAUCGAUGUCCACUGGUUCAAUUGCAACGAAUUCGAGUUCUAACAUGCCACCAUAUAAACAUGAUAUUCUAAAAGAUCCGGAAAGAUAUGAACAUGAUAAAUGGAGCACGAUAGUUGUGAAAGUUUUACCCCUAUUCAAUGGUGAAGGAUUAAAAGCAUGUAUUGAGGAUUUGAACGAAUUGGUAAGAAAUUGCAUAAAGGAUCGUUCACAAAAAUCAUUAUACGAUGAUAUAAAUUCCCUGUUGUUAAAUGGGAUGUCAACGUUAAACGGAAAACUACGAGGAGUUCCUGAUGAAAAGCUUGUUUCACGCCUGGUCGAAUUAUGGUCCUUUUACCUUGGAACAGUGAUACCUUAUUUUGAAGGUGUUUUCCUUCCAUUGCAAGUGCAAACGACGGCACAGCAUCGCGAUCAUAUGAGCGUUAGGCGUCUAGUGUUGAUGAGUUUUAGAGAUCAUGUAAUAUUACCAAUGGGAGACCGAGUAGAAGAUGCAUUUAACAAGCUCUUCCACGAUUUUGAUUCGGGAAUUCCUGUGACCGAUACUGCAGCUCGCAUGUUGCAAAUGUCUUAUAUUUUAUCAUCGAUUCUUUCUGAUGAUGACAAGCAAAAGGAUAUGGAUAGAAUUUUAGGAAAAUUAAAAAAUAACUGGAAGUUGUUUAUGAGGCGUAGAGAUCGAAGAGGUUUUGUAGGCAUGUCGCCUUCAAACUCCAACUCAUCAACUAUGCAACAAACGACGGAGAUAACCACUCCCCUGAUGGAAAUUAAUAGCAACUUUUCUACUACACCAACUACAAUUUCAAAUUCUAAUUCUACGAUGAACGGAAUUUCGGCGACAAUGAGUCCUGUUGAUCCUCCACCAAUUAAAUCAGACAUUUGUAUACAUAUAAUAAUAGACUUUUUACUCAAAAUAUCAUUACCAGAAAUGACUAGCAUUGAGAUUUGCGAAUGCUGA